AUGGGAAGCGCGGCCAUGGACACCAAGAAGAAGAAAGAUGUUUGCAGCCCCGGCGGGAGCGGCGGCAAGAAAAACAGCAGCCAGAAGCGGCGUUCGCUAAGGGUGCACAUUCCGGACCUGAGUUCCUUUGCCAUGCCGCUCCUGGAUGGAGACCUGGAGAGUUCAGAAAAGCCUCCGUCUCGUAAGGUGGACAGCCCCUUCGGCUCGGGCAGCCCCUCCAAAGGCUUCUUCACCAGAGGCCCCCAGCCCCGGCCCUCCAGCCCCGUGUCUGCCCCCGUGCGCCCCAAGACCAGCCCUGGCUCCCCCAAAACCGUGUUCCCGUUCUCCUACCAGGAGUCCCCGCCGCGUUCCCCACGUCGCAUGAGCUUCAGCGGGAUCUUCCGCUCCUCGUCCAAAGACUCCUCCCCCAGCUCCAACCCGUCCACCUCGCCGGGGGGCAUCCGGUUCUUCUCUCGCUCCAGAAAAAGCCUCUCUUCCUCUCCGUCGACACCCACCCAAGUGGCCAAGCAGCAUACGUUCCCUCUCGAGUCCUACAAGCACGAGCCUGAGCGACUGGAAAAUCGCAUCUAUGCCUCCUCUUCGCCUCUGGACACAGGCCAGAGGUUCAGCCCGUCCUCCUUCCAGAGUACAGCCAGGCCUCCAUCAGCAUCGCCGACACAUCCUUCUCCCUCCAAAUCUGCGGCGCUGGCGGCGGCCCCGGGACCCGCGGAAGCCGGCAUGCUGGAGAAAUUCGAGUUGGAAGAAGAAGCAGAAGACUCAGAAAGUGGCGUUUACAUGCGAUUCAUGAGGUCACACAAGUGUUACGACAUCGUUCCAACCAGCUCCAAGCUUGUCGUCUUUGAUACCACAUUACAAGUUAAAAAGGCCUUCUUUGCCUUAGUCGCCAAUGGUGUUCGAGCAGCACCUCUGUGGGAGAGUAAAAAGCAAAGUUUUGUAGGAAUGCUGACAAUUACAGAUUUCAUUAAUAUACUACAUAGAUACUAUAAAUCACCCAUGGUACAGAUUUAUGAAUUAGAGGAACAUAAGAUUGAAACAUGGAGGGAGCUUUAUUUACAAGAAACAUUUAAACCUUUAGUGAAUAUAUCUCCAGAUGCAAGCCUCUUCGAUGCUGUGCACUCGUUGAUCAAAAAUAAAAUCCACAGAUUGCCAGUUAUUGACCCCAUCAGUGGGAAUGCACUUUAUAUACUUACCCACAAAAGAAUCCUCAAGUUCCUCCAGCUUUUUAUGUCUGAUAUGCCAAAGCCUGCCUUCAUGAAGCAGAACCUGGACGCACUUGGAAUCGGGACCUACCAUAACAUCGCCUUCAUACACCCGGACACUCCCAUCAUUAAAGCCUUGAACGUUUUCGUGGAAAGACGAGUGUCGGCCUUGCCCGUGGUGGACGAGUCAGGAAAAGUUGUAGAUAUUUAUUCCAAAUUUGAUGUAAUUAACCUUGCUGCUGAAAAAACGUACAACAAUCUAGACAUCACAGUGACCCAGGCCCUACAGCAUCGGUCGCAGUAUUUCGAGGGUGUAGUGAAGUGCAGUAAGCUGGAGAUACUGGAGACCAUCGUGGACAGAAUCGUGAGAGCAGAGGUCCAUCGGCUGGUGGUCGUCAAUGAAGCCGAUAGUAUUGUGGGAAUUAUUUCCCUGUCCGAUAUCCUGCAGGCCCUGAUACUCACCCCCGCAGGUGCCAAACAGAAGGAAACAGAAGCCGAGUGA